AACGUAAACAAACCAUUUUCUAAAAUCUCGCGAGUUUUCACGAAAAGAUGUCCGUGGAGCCUGUUUCGGAAAUUCCUUUGGACCGUAAGUUAUCGGAAAUAUUCGAUGAAGGAUAUGGGAUUUUCAAACAGACCCUCGAUGCCGGCACCUCACAGAAUGAAAUCAACAAAUGCAUGAGGGCAUUUGAGGAUGCAACGCGACUGGUCAGCCUUGUCGGGAUGUUCAGCAGCAACGAGUCCAUCGAGGAGGUACCUACGGAAAACCUUCGGUAUAUGCUGCUACCGUAUUACCUUGGCAGGAUGUCCUCCCAGCUACAAAGCCAGGAUCGCAAGGAAGUGGUAGAAGUGUCCGAAAUUUACUACAAGGAUUUUUUGAAACGCUGCGAACAAUAUGGUUUAUUCGCAAAACCGGACCACGAUACGGACUCGCUGGCACAGGCGGUGGAGUCGGCAGCAAUCGUGCCGGGAGCGAUGAGCGAUAAACUGCGUGAGCUGAACCGUAUGGGCUACGAGCGCCAGGAGAAAAUACGAAAAUAUCAAGAAAAGAAGGAACUGGAGGAGAAAAUAAAGGAGCUGAGCCUGCUGGUGGAGAACGGCAACACGGAAGUGGACGAGGACAGAAAGCGGGAAUACUAUUCUAAGCUUCUCCGUGCGGCCAUCCUGGAAGCUCAAGAUGAAUUGGUGUCGAUCGAAAAGGAAAAACAGAUGCUUGCGUACAUAGCUGGCCUACCGAAACGGGUAGAAAAUGAUGAGGGCCAGGGACCUCUUGAUCGCGCAACUCGAAAACACCCACCGUCCAGACCUCUGAAGCCAAUUAUCAUAACUCGCGAUGCGGUACAGAAAGCGGUAUACGGCCGGGGAUACCCAAGCUUUCCCACGAUGACGGUUGCCGAGUUCUACGAACAGCGAGUUGCCGAGGGCAUCUUUCCGGAUGCCGAAAAGAUGAAGGAGGUGAACAAAAACUCGUUGAUGAAUCGUGUGUAUCAAGAUAAUGCCGCCGAGCUGGAUAAGGAGCAGGAGCAAGAGGAAAAGUUGAUCGAACAAGACGAUGAAGAGUAUCUGGCUCGUCAGCGUGCGAAGGAUGAAUUCAAAGAUGAGCAUCGUCGCGGAGAAGGUAAUCGUUAUAACCGCAGCUAGGCUUUUACUUCCAUCACGCACAGGGAUGUUGUAUUGCAGAAUCCGAUAAGAGGGGACAUUUUCAUUUAAAUCUUCCUAUGUUUGUAGCAUCAUUCAUUUGGCCAAUAAAUUAUAGUACAUACUAAUC